UAAGGAUGACAAGACCCACUGUGUAAAGGGAAUCAGAGUCAAGUUCAAAAAGAAAGGAAUAACUGAGGAUCGUUUCAUGUUAUCAGAAUGCACAUUAAUAAUACCAGAUUAAUCAAAAUUAUUGUUUGAAUCUUCUUUGAAACUGGGAUGUAUUGACUUUUGGUGGAACAUAAUAUCUCAAUUUUGCAUAUAUGACGGUAGCCAUAUUGGCUUUUGACAUUUGAUAUUGUGAAUACAAGGAUGUAAAAUUAAUGGUCUCGACAACAGACCAAGUGUUCAAUGCAUAUCCCGUCUGACACAGCAGUCAAAGGAACAAUGCCAGGGAAGAAAAAGGGUGGGGGGAAAAAAUCGGGUAAAAAAUCAGGUAAAAAAUCUGGAAAGAAAAGUGGCAAAAAAUCAGCAAGAGCCUCAGCCAAAUCAGGAAAGAGUGAAAAAGAAGGACCCCCAGAUAUUAUGAGUGGACCUGCUAUGGAGAAUUUAUAUUUUAUUGCACAUGAUGCACCUGAUGCAUUAGAAAAACGUGGCUUUGGGUGGCCUGAGGCACCAAAGGGUAAAAAAGGAAAAAAAGGAAAAAAGAAAAAGAAGUGAAGAAUUUGAAUUCAGGUCUAUUGACCACAAGUCAAUUAAUAGUGCCACAUUUUUUUUCUCUCAAGAAAAUGCAACAUUAUGUUAUUAGAGCUUUAACUGACUGUUUAAUGAAUAUAUAUGUGAUUGAGCAUGUUGAAUGUCUGUUCUAUUUUUGUCCUGGAUGUUUACCACGGCUGAAUAGGUAAUGGGUACUAUAACUACACAAUGUCAUCUGUAUUGCCAAAUUCAGUCAUAGCAUUUUGCCUGCCAUUAUUGUUAUAGAUUUUUGUAGACGUUCAUAUUUAUUUACAAAACUUGUUAUGUUUAAAUGAAUGUGUUGGUAUGUUUUAUAAUAGAUUGUGCGUGUAUGUGUUCUCAUUCAAAAUAUGGUUGUUGACUGAUUUAUAUUUGUGAAUCUCAUGCUAAAUCUAAAAAUUAGAAGACAACAAAUAUUAGAAUCUAGUCAUAGAAGAGUUUUUAACAAGAAUUUAUCAUUGCAGUUUAUACUAAUAGCAAAGUUUGAAAAUAUAUUCUAUUUAUAAGCCAUAUCAUUUUAUUACGAAAUAAAAGAUAGUUUUGUAUGCAUUAGUAUGACAACGGCAUAAAAUAUGUAGAUUCUACAUGUUCCCGCAAAAUAAAGACAUGAAUGUCCAAAGUUUUAGAAUAACAGUUGCAUGAAAUGUUCCUUAUAAAGUUCAACUUGAAAAAUAAGAUACUUAGUUUAUGGAAAUUCCAUACAUGUAUUUGAUAGAAGUUAUAUAAAUUCAACAUUGCUAAUACUUAUAAAGUAUAACACUCAAGUUAAAUCCAUCAUUAAAUUAAAACUAUGAUUAUAAAUAUGCACUUUUGUAUGAAGUAUGAACAAGUUAUAUAUUUAAUAAAAAAAAUAAAAAAAUAUUGUGCCUACAAAGUUGAAUACAACGAAACAAUUAAACAAAUGGCCUUUUGUAAUGUGAAAUCUUCUUUUCUGCCUAAUAAGUUUUGUUUUACACUGUCUUAAAUAUUUUUAAAGCAUUGUUUUGUUAAUUAGUAAUUUAAUACAGUAGUAUUAUAUAGCUCAAAUAUUAUCUUGCCUUUUGUUCUAGUUGAUUUAUUGUUUGAUUGAUUUUUAAUAAAGUAAAAAUUUGAAAUGAAAUUUAACUCCAUUUGAAAUUAUUAGGGGGGGUCUCUUUAGUCAUGUAUGGUUUGUGUUUCCUUUAAAGAUUUUUCAUAUAUAUCUUUCCAAAUAUCUUAGAUAUUUAUUAAUUGAUUAUUUUUUAUUUUAUUUUGUGAAUGUUUGACGAAUGUUAAGAAUUGAUACAAUAAAGCUAAAACUGUGAUUUUAGAAUUAUCUCCCUUUGUAUGAUAUUUUAUUCAAUUUUUAAAACUCAAAUGAAAAUACUACAUUUUGACUUCAAUUGUGGUUUAACUAAAGUUAUUUGCACUGAAAACAUUUCAACACUUUGUGAAUAAGUUUAUAAUAUACAACAUUGAAGUUCUGACUAUUAAGAAAUCUGUUAGCCAAAGAAUAUCGUUUAAAAGCCUUUGAUAUUGACGAAUUUUCAAUUUACACAGCAUUUCACAUAUGCCAAAUUAAAAUCAAUAAUAUUUUAUACAGAAGUGUCCUUUAAAUGUGAUCUCUGAUUGUUGAUUUAAGGUUUUACACAGUAACACUUAGUUGUUUCAAAAUGCUACAUAGUUUGUUAGGAAUCACAUGUAGACUCUCAAACCAUUUAUAUCACAUAUUAUAUACAUUUUGUAUUUUUGCUUUCUUUUGAUUAAUAUAAGAUAUGGUGUGAAUAGAAAAAUAUAUAAGAUUCUGUAACAUUUUAUUUUCAUUACAUUUAGGUGUUCUGUUUUAAAAAAAGUUCCAUUUUGGAGUUUAAUUUUUUUGUCAUAUCUAAAUCCAUUUGUUUUGUGAUUACUAGUUCUCUGUGUGCCAAUUCAUGGACAGGAAAGACAGUUAUAUACAUAUAUAUUUGAAAAUUACAUGAAAAAAUAACCGUUUAAUAAAACAUAAAAUCAUAUUAUUUCUGCGUUGUCAUGGCAAAAGCAGUAUCAAAUUCUAAAAAUAUAGAAAUACUUCUUUUUCUUAGCAGUAUUCUGUGAAGGUGUAAGAAUGGUGAAAAAAAAGUGAUUAAUGGAAGUCCAAAUAGUGCUUUAUUGAAAAGUUAGCAAGAUUGUUUUUCCUGCCCAUGAUUGUUUAUUUGUUAAUUAAUUAUUUUUGGAGCAGGGAAAUAUUACAAGUGUUCUUUACUAGAUAUUUAUAUGACGUAAAAGAAAAUAUUUUUUAUACAUCUUAUUGUUACAUCUCAUGUGAUAUCCGUGAAUAACAAAUAG